AUGGAGAGAAAAGGAAGUGAGAGGGAGAGUUCGAAACUAGCAGAGUUGCUGCCCAGCUUACUUGUUCGAGUUAGAGGAUUGCUGCUGAUGUUCCACCAAAAGAAGAGGAGUGAGAAAAGGGAAGAGGAAGAAAAACAAGAAAGAAGGAGAGGGAGCUUGGAUCACUUAUUUGCCCUUGGUGACUUUGAUGGAACAUUAAUGCCCUUUUGUGAGCUCUCUUCUCAAAAUCCCUCAGCUCUGAAAGGAAAUUCUGUCCUCCACACCAGCGAUCUCUUCGCCGAUUUCAGUUUGAUUAUUCAUUUGAAGAAGUUACUCAGAUUUACAGUUGACAUUAUUUGCGGACAGAGGAAGGGUUUUAACUUUCAAUCAGGCGAUGCCAAGAACAACCACCUAGUGACUUCUCUAUUGCUCAGUUCCGGUUUCUGGAGCGACUACUUGUCGUCCAUGGGCACUAGUGCUAUAAGAGGAUUACCUAAAUGGUAAAGUUGAGGAUGUUGAAUUGCCUGAGAAAGUGGACAUUCUGAUUUCUGGGGCUAUAUGAUUCAGAAGGGUGUUCUCAAAUGACCAUGAUGUAACUUCUGCAGUGUUAACAAGGUAUGAUUAUGAAACAAUUUGAUUCAAGUGAUUGAAUUUGGUAAUUUACCUCAUGAACUGUGAAUCCCACUGUGGAUGGAGCAUAUCACUAAAAAUCCACUUACCAAAAGCAAUUCUAACCAUCCAAUUAAUUGCUAUCAAAUGGAUGGUUCAAAGUAAAAUAGUGAGUGGCUCAUAUUUGAAGAGAGAAAAAAUCAUAUGGUUAAACUUAUUUUCUCACUGCAC